AUGGAGAACUCCGGGUGCCCCGCAGCCUCCGACGAGGGCGGCGCGUGCGACGACACGGCCUGCUGCGGCGGCGCGCGCCACCGCCCGGUGUGCGGCAGCGCGCGGCGCCGCUCCUGCCUGCUGGCCACGGUCGUGGUGAUGCUGGUGCUGCACGGGGUCUCCAUGCUGGGCCUGUACCGCCUCAACCUCUUCGUGGACAAGCUCGACCAGCGGUGCGCCGGGGUGGCCGGGCAAGGGCGAGUGAAGCGAGACGUGACGCGGGACGGCGGCGCCACCAAACUCGACCCCGAGGCCGCGGCGGCCGCCGCCGCGCUCAACGCCCUGCAGAACUCGCUGCACAAUAACACCGCCAAGGAAGUCACGCUGUUCCAGUCCGAUGUGAAAGUGCCCCUGGCGGCCAUCCAGGGCUUCUGCUCGGCGACGCGCGAGUACUGCCCGCCCGGGCCGCCGGGGUCCGUGGGCCCCCAGGGCACGCCGGGGCUGCGCGGCUCGUCGGGCCCCAAGGGCGACCGCGGCGACCGGGGCUUCCCGGGCGACGUGGGGCUGCGAGGCCCGCCGGGGGUCCCGGGCGAGUCGGGCCCCCGCGGCCUCAAGGGCGAGCCGGGCUGGCCA